UUUUAGUUUUAGCGAUGUAAUUAAUUGAAGUAGGAAGUGGUAACCAAAACAGAUGUGAAAUUGAGAAAAGAGAAAAAGAGUGAAGAUCGCUGUAACUGCAAGUGAAGCCACCAGCCACCACACCGCACUUGUAUUCAGAUUGAGAAAUGGGAACGUUGGGCAAAGCUUUCUACACCGUCGGAUUCUGGAUCCGCGAAACCGGUCAAGCCAUUGAUCGUCUCGGUUCCCGUCUCCAAGGAAACUACUUCUUCCAAGAACAACUGUCCAGGCAUCGACCUUUGAUGAAUGUAUUCAACAAAACUCCUUAUGUUCAUAAGGAUGCAUUUAUCGCCCCUAGUGCUUCCAUCACUGGUGAUGUUCAGAUUGGUCAAUCUUCAUCCAUUUGGUAUGGAUGUGUUCUCAGAGGUGAUGUUAACAGCAUAACUAUUGGAUCUUCUACUAACAUACAAGACAAUUCUCUUGUUCAUGUUGCUAAGUCUAAUUUGAGUGGAAAGGUAUUACCUACUAUCAUUGGAGAUAAUGUCACUGUAGGUCAUAGCGCUGUUUUACAAGGAUGCACUGUUGAGGAUGAGGCAUUCAUUGGCAUGGGUGCAACCUUGCUUGAUGGUGUGUAUGUUGAAAAACAUGCAAUGGUUGCUGCUGGAGCUCUUGUCAGGCAGAAUACAAGGAUCCCCUGUGGAGAGGUUUGGGGAGGUAAUCCAGCAAGGUUCUUGAGGAAGCUCUCGGAAGAUGAAAUGACCUUCUUCUCACAAUCCGCCUUAAAUUAUUCCAAUUUAGCUCAGGCUCAUGCUGCUGAAAAUGCAAAAAAGCUGGAUGAGACUGAAUUUGUGAAAGUUCUUGGCAAGAAGUCUGUUCGUCUUGACGAACAUGGUUUGAUACAAGGCGAUGUUCAUGAAACACCUCAAGAGAUUAACCUUCCUGACAACGUUGUGCUGGAUAAAGUUCCAAAGGCUUAAUUUUAAUUCUUUUCUGAGUACCUUUUAUGUGCAAUUUCUAGGAUGAUGGCUGCUCUUGUUUCCAAUAAGUUUUGGGGCUACAUUGGUGUUCAUACUGUUACCUUGAAUAUCAGAACAUGCUCUAUGUGGGCGUAUGGCUUAUUUUCGUGAUAAUGACUACACAACAAUUUGGUUGUCUUUAAAGGGACAUAUAUAUGUAGUUCUACAGUCCUGUAGUUGGGCGUGUACUUUAAAAUAAAGGAAAUCAACUUAGACGAGCAAGGAUACCUCCACUUCUUAAGAGGAUCUCUACUCAAUUCAGACACACCUGCUAAACCUUUUUGUUUUCGUCGUAUAUCUGCGGUUGUCUUUUGUUA